UCCUGUCCACGGCUAGCCUAUCGUUCCCACAAUGCAUUGCGCCGAACGAUUACGCACACAGGAGCGCGCUUCACCCGGCCUCACUGCCCGUACUGUCGUUUACAAACCGUCCAAAUCCAAGCGGAUUAUAUCGAGAAAACUCCAGCACACACAGCCAGUGCCUUCCAGCAGUAUGGAGUCCACCGCUAAGAGAGACGCGGAGAGCAGCUGCGUGCUGUGCUGCCAGGACAUCGACAUGUUCGCGGUGGGGAAGUGCGAUCACCCGGUGUGUUACCGCUGCUCCACCAAGAUGCGGCUGCUGUGCGAGCAGAAGUACUGCGCCGUCUGCCGGGAGCAGCUCGACAAGGUGGUCUUCAUAAAGAAACUUGAACCCUUUGCCGCUCUGAACAUUCAUCAAUAUCAGUGUGAGAAGAAAUAUGACAUAUACUUUGCAGAUGGAAAGAUAUAUGCACAGUUCAGGAAGAUUUUGUUACAUGAAUGUGCACAAUGCCCAGAACCAAAAGUGUUCUCGAAAUUUGAAGAAUUAGAACAGCAUAUGCGGAAACAACAUGAACUCUUCUGCUGCAAGUUAUGUGCAAAGCACCUGAAGAUAUUCUCAUAUGAGCGGAAGUGGUACAAUCGGAAAGACCUGGCUCGACAUCGAACGCAAGGGGACCCGGAUGAUACCUCGCAUCGUGGACAUCCGCUUUGUAAAUUCUGUGAUGAUCGAUACCUGGACAACGACGAACUGUUGAAGCACCUGCGGCGAGAUCAUUACUUCUGCCAUUUCUGUGACGCAGAUGGAGCUCAGGAGUAUUACAGUGACUACCAGUACCUCAGCGAGCACUUCAGAGAGAGCCAUUAUCUCUGCGAGGAGGGCCGCUGCAUUACAGAGCAAUUCACUCACGCUUUCCGCACAGAGAUUGACUAUAAGGCUCACAAAGCUGCUGCUCACAGCAAAAACCGGGCUGAGGCACGGCAGAAUCGCCAAAUCGACAUUCAGUUCAACUAUGCACCCAGACAGCAACGAAGAAAUGACGGUCUGCCAGUUGGUGGCGAUGACUAUGAGGAAGUGGAUCGCUUCAACAGACAGGGAAGACCAGGAAGAGGACGAGCCCCAGGAGGACACCAGAAUGUCAGGAGCUGGAGAUAUAAUCGAGAGGAAGAGGACCGAGAGAUCGCCGCUGCUUUGCGAGCUUCGAUGGCCAGCCACCUGCAAGAGAGAAGCCACCUGCAAGAGAGAAGCCACCUGCAAGAGAGAAGCCACCUGCAAGAGAGAAGCCACCUGCAAGAGAGAAGCCACCUGCAAGAGAGAAGCCACCUGCAAGAGAGAAGCCACCUGCAAGAGAGAAGCCACCUGCAAGAGAGAAGCAGUCAGAAGCCACGCAAAGAAGAAAAGAUGGAGCCUGAUGACAUGAGAAACAACAGAGGCACUGCCAAGCAGACGAACGAAAUGCAAGCUCGAUCAGUGAAGAAUAAUGCCUCUUUGGCUAGUCAGGACUUCCCAGUUUUAGGGGCAGCUGCACCUCCAGCCCCAAUUCCAAGCAAGAUCAAACAAACUUCUGUCUCUCUGAAGGAAGAUGAUUUUCCAAGCUUGUCUGGCUCCAUAGUUUCCACUCCAAUGACACCUGCAUACACAAAUCAACCCAAGAAACAUUCGUCCUUCCAGGAGGAAGACUUUCCUGCUCUGGUCUCCAAGAUCAAACCACUGAAGCCCCAUUCAAACACAACAUCAGCCUGGUCUCAAGCUGGAAGCAAACCUGUGGUGGUUUCCAAUAAACCUGUGGUUCUGCCCACCAAAACGGCCCCUACAGUCUCUUCAUCCAUACUGUCCGCCAGUGACCCGCCGCCCAGUGGAAGUGUGCCUCAGCGUCUCGCUGCCGCCUCAUCUCGCCGCAAAAAGAAGCUCACCUCUGCUGAAACCCACAAAGCUCCACCUAAAGUCAAAUGUCCGUCCUCAUCGGAUGACGAGGACCCCCAAACCGGCAAAACGGCUCAGGAGAUCCGCACAGUACCGACUAUGCUUGAUAUCUCCACUUUGUUGACGGUAAAAGGUGGCUCAUCUCAGCCCAACCCCAAAACCAACAAGAAAAAGAAGCAAGCCACAACUUCAUCUCUGGAUUCCCCCUCACACACUCCUGAGUCCGUGUCCAAAAUGGCUCACAAAGAGAACGUUCCCGAGACGAAGCCACCAGACAACAGUCUCCUUUCCAAAACAAACUCUUUUAUAAAUGGACUCACGGAGAAACCAGCAGAAGCACUGUCCCCUACAUCAUUUCCUGAAAAUAUUCCUUCCCCUUUAAAGCAGCCGGGAACCGACCAACCUCCUCCACCCAAAGAGGAGGAAUUUCCUGCACUUAUCUCCAGAAAACCUCCACCUGGCUUUAAAAGUGCAUUUCCGUUGAAGAGCACUCAAAGUGUGCUGCCGACGCCGCCGCCUCCUGGCCUUGGGCCUGUUGUCAGCAAACCUCCUCCAGGAUUCACCGGCAUCCCGCUCAACAGUAAUGUGGUAGAAUCAUCAAUGCCGGCUGUUAACAGAGUGACACCUGCUAUUGGAUCCUACCUCAUACCUGACAAUUUCCAGCAAAGAAACAUGGACCUUAUUCAGUCUAUUAAGAAUUAUCUUCAAAAUGAUGAAACCAAGUUUAAUGAGUUCAAAAACUAUUCAGGCCAAUUUAGACAGGGUAUAAUACCUGCUGUCCAGUACUACAAAAGCUGCCAGGAGCUGCUGGGAGAGAAUUUCAACAGGGUCUUCAACGAGCUGCUGGUUCUCCUACCAGACACUCGCAAGCAACAGGAGCUUCUCACUGCCCACGGAGACUUUAAGGCUCUCGAGAAACAGCAGCAAGGCUCCAAGCCCAAAAAAAACAAAAAGAAAGCCUGGCAGACAGGCACCACCAGCAACAGCCUGGAGCUGGACUGCCAAGUGUGUCCCACCUGUAAGCAGGUGCUGGCUCUAAAAGACUUCAACACCCAUAAAACCCUACACAUCAGCGAUGAUGACUUCCCCUCUUUACAGGCCAUAAGCAAGAUUAUCAGCUAGCUGCCAGCAGACGCACAUCCACGGCUCUCUGUGACACAGGACCUGGUGCUGCACCAGGAUAAUGGUGAGAUGCUUGAAAGGAUGAGGGCUUUCUGAGCUGCAGUGGUAAUGUUUACUCGGAGUGUUCAGAUUAUGAAAGUUUUGAUGAUACCUUUUUUCGAAGGGGAAAGAUCAACCCUAAAAAGUGCAAGUGGAACUAUAACUGUUUUGAAGAGAAACCGGUUUAAUCUACUUGAAAGCUUGAGUUCUAAUGUUGAUUCAUUUAUUACUCCUCCAGUUCAUCUUUUCCAUCAGGUUUUCCAGUGCUGUUAGCAUGGUCAUUUUUUUUUUUUUUGGCUGCCUUUGAAAAAUAACCUAUUUAUUUCAGAAUGCUCCUACCGUUUGAUUGAAAUGUAUUAAUUUCUCAUUUGUUUACAAACUCUACAGUACAGAAAAAUAAAAUGGUUAAUAUAUAUAUAGCAUUUCUUACAGUAAGCUACAGUGAUCAGUCUACUGACUUUUGACAAAUUGACAUUUUUGAAUGAUUGAUUGUGUAAAUUAUUUGCAAUUAAACAAUCGAGCCAAGGAACGAAAUGCACGGCUCGGCACUCUUUAGGCCACAUGUGAUUGAGGAAAUUUCACCUGCCUUAAAAUAUACAGGAAAAACCAGAGGGACAUUUUUAAAAGGUUGUCAGAUGGGAUCAUACUACAGAAUGUUUUGUAUAAAAUACCAAAUUAGUACAGAUGGAUAAUUCUUACUUUUUUUUUUUGUUUGUUUGUUAAAUACCAUUGUGCUUGUGCCUCUUAAAUAUUUCUUCACACUCCCACAGAGUUGACUGUUGAGACUUCAGUGCGGCCACCUUUUCUCAUCUCUCUUUCAGGAAUUGCUAUUUGUGCCACGGCCUUGUGGUCAACAAUUUGCGAUGUGUCAGGACAUAUCUGCAGAAUAAAUGCUGGUCAAACAUUA